AUACAGAUAUUCACCCAUUAAGCGUUGCUGAAGUCAUCGCGUUUACAGCUGAUUGGUCCGCGUUAGUGAACGUACUAAGAUGACGUGCAGCUUCAGUGUAGACAGCCUCCAGCCGUUGUGGCGCGACGCGUCGCGAAGCGUUAUCGUUCGCUUCCAGUGUAGACUCGGUGUCAGAAUCGCACCGCUCUCCUUUAAGACGGACCCACCGUUGCUGUCAUCGGAGGUUCCCAUUAUACUCCCCUUCACCUCCCUCCCCCCCCAAAACAAGAACGCACUAGACAAGACGGCUACGUGCUCCGCCGCGAUCUCCACAAUAGACUGGAUGCGUGCGUAUAUAGGCUGGUAUUUAUACAAAAAUGAUGUUUCGAUGAAGCGUCUUGGGUUGUUUUCGGCCUACGCGAUCGGAUCGAUGGAGACGGAUACGUGUUUAUUAGUGUGUAAUGCACGUUGUUUUUCUUCGACAAAUAAUGGAUUACCCAGCAUCUGGUUUGAAGCAUGAAGAACCGUACGACGCUGUUAUGAUCAAAACGACGCACGAGAUGUCUUGGAUCGAGGUAUGGUCAUAUAAAAGACUCAACUGAUUGUUCACGGCUGAUAUUUUGUACAUCAAACUGGGGGACCAGGACUGCUUAAUGUCGGAUUACAAAGCCCAGGCUGGGUUGCGCUUGCACAGAUGGCGAACACAAGUGAUCCAGGGGGAAGCAACCCCUCGCUCCAGAAUUAUGCCAUCACUGCGUCUGCGGUCAAACUGGCGUCUCUGGGUCUCAUCACCUGCAUCAGCCUGCUCGGGAAUACCGUGCUCUCCGUGCUGGUGCUGAAAGACAGCUCGCUCCACAAGGCUCCGUAUUACUUCCUCCUCGACCUGUGCGUGGCAGACAUCAUCCGCUCGGCCGUGUGCUUCCCGUUCGUGAUGAUCUCCAUCAACAGCGGCUCCGUAUGGAGCUACAGCAUCAUCAGCUGCAAGAUCAUCGCGUUCAUGGCCGUCUUGUUCUGCUUCCACAUCGCCUUCCUCCUGUUCUGCGUCAGCGUAACGCGCUACAUGGCCAUCGCGCACCACCGGUUCUACUCCAAACGCAUGACGCUUUGGACAUGCGUCGCGGUCAUAUGUAUGGUGUGGACGCUCUCGGUCGCCAUGGCGUUUCCCCCGGUCUUCGACGUCGGGACCUACAAAUUUAUCCGCGAGGAAGAGCAGUGCAUAUUCGAGCACAGAUACGUGAAAGCCAACGACACGCUGGGCUUCAUGCUCAUGCUGGCCGUGAUUGUGGCCACGACGCACGUCGUGUAUGUCAAAAUGCUGUGCUUUGUUUACGACCACCGUAAAAUGAAGCCCGCGCAGCUGGUUCCGGCUAUCAGCCAGAACUGGACCUUUCACGGACCGGGCGCGACCGGCCAGGCCGCUGCCAACUGGAUCGCGGGGUUUGGACGCGGUCCGACGCCGCCGACGUUAGUGGGCAUCAGACAGGCGUCACACAACGCCAACCGCAGGCUGCUCGUGCUGGACGAGUUCAAGAUGGAGAAACGGAUAGGAAAGAUGUAUUACAUGAUCACGCUGGCGUUUCUGCUGUUCUGGGCGCCCUACAUCGUCUCGUGCUACAUCCGGGUGUUUGUGAAGGGAAACGCGCUUCCUCAGGUGUACCUGACCGCGGCCGUGUGGCUGACGUUCGCCCAGGCGGGGGCCAAUCCCAUCAUAUGUUUCAUUUUCAAUAAGGAGCUGAGGAUGAGAUUCAGAGCCUGUUUGCCGUGUUGCCUGACUACACAAACACCCAUGGAGCCCUACUGCGUGAUUUGAAGUGUUUUGCUCACUUGUUUUCACUGGCUCUGCCUGCUUGUCAAACAUACAGUGGCCCCAAAAAGUAUAGAAGAGACCUGGGAGUGUUCAAACGUAUCCUGCUUCAAAAUACUUCUCACUAAACAGUAUAUCUCACAAAAAGUGCUGCUGUAACAAGCCACCCUAUUCAGGAAAUGCAACUUUAAUUGAAAUCAAUAAAAAAAUAACACACACAAAAAUAUAUUUUACAUAAAACACUGACAACUGUUCUAUCAUUUAGCAUCCAUUCAUUUGAUCAAAAUACUUUCUCAUGUCAAAAUUGUUUUGCGCUAAUACAUCUUUUAUAUUUUAAAAGAUUUAUAAGGCAAUGACAUUUUUUAAAAUUAAUGCCACUUGAUAUUUUGCAAUGGUGUUCAUUUAUAUUUCUGUGUCCUGAUACUUUUUGGAGCCACUGUAGCAUGUGAUAUUUUCCUUCAUUCAGAGGUGAAAUCUCAGAACUGUUCCAAUGUUGCAUAUCAGAAGAUCCGUAUCCACAUUUAUGCAAUCCACAUAUCGAUGUAAAUACUGUAAAAAGGUGAUUUAUUUAUAUUCUGGAGCCCUUUAUAACUGAUAUGUAAUAUAUUUGCUAUGACUUUUUGUGUGAACUAAAUGGCCAGUGGCUUUUUACUAUCACAUGGACUAAAUGUGAAUAAACCAAGUCCCUCUCACAGUCCCUUUAAAAUGUUACUGGAAAUUUGUUUUCAAUGGACACAAGCAAAUUUGAUGGGUCAGUGUUGAGGAGACUAUGAUUUGUAUUUUAAUUAAAAUAAAUGAUUAUAAAUGCACUGUGUUGGUGUGCUAAAGCAACACAAGAAUCAAAUGCGAGGCCAAAUGCACGCAAAAGGCCAACGAG